CUUCCCUCUCUCUCUCUCUUCCCGUGAAGCUUAGCCAUGUGGUCAGCCUCCUGCUCGCAUCUCCAAACCGACGGGCGGAGGCGGAGGGCAGGCGCCCGCCUGGAGCACCAACCCCAAUGAAACUCCGCGCCGCGGCCGGAGGCUCCUAGCCCGUCCAGGAUUUGGGGCAGAGGAAACCGCCUGUUUGCCGACGGAGAUCGGCCGUCUGGGGGGGAGAUGGAGUCGCUGGCCGCCGCCAGUCAGCUGGGAACUGGGAGAGACUCUGGCUCCUCCUCCUCCUCCUCGCCCCACUCCAAGCAGGAGCUGCAGCCUUACUCGGGCGCCAGCCCCCUGAAGCCCAACCAAGUCGGGGAGACCUCCUUGUAUGGCGUGCCCAUCGUGUCGCUCGUCAUCGACGGGCAGGAGCGCCUGUGCCUGGCGCAGAUCUCCAACACGCUGCUCAAGAACUACAGCUACAAUGAGAUCCACAACCGACGGGUCGCGCUGGGGAUCACCUGCGUGCAGUGCACCCCGGUGCAGCUGGAGAUUCUCCGUCGGGCCGGCGCCAUGCCCAUCUCCUCGCGGCGCUGCGGCAUGAUCACCAAGCGGGAAGCCGAGCGCCUUUGCAAGUCCUUCCUGGGCGAGCACAAGCCGCCCAAGCUGCCGGAGAACUUCGCCUUCGACGUGGUGCACGAGUGCGCCUGGGGCUCGCGCGGCAGCUUCAUCCCGGCCCGCUACAACAGCUCGCGGGCCAAGUGCAUCAAGUGCAGCUACUGCAGCAUGUACUUCUCGCCCAACAAGUUCAUCUUCCACUCCCACCGCACCCCCGAGGCCAAGUACACGCAGCCCGACGCCGCCAACUUCAACUCGUGGCGCCGCCACCUCAAGCUCAGCGACAAGACGGCCACCGACGACCUCAGCCACGCCUGGGAGGACGUCAAGGCCAUGUUCAACGGCGGCACUCGCAAGCGGACCUUCUCCUUACACGGGGCGGGCGGCGGCGGUGGCGGCGGGAGCGCCUCCCAUGCGGCUAAGAGCUCCCUUCACCCGCCGCCGCCCUCCUCCACAGACCUGCCCCCGGUGCACAAGAGCCUGCGCUGCAGCGGCGCCGAGGAGCAGCCCGGGGAGCGCGGCGGGCUGGGCUUGCCCGCGGGGGCGCACGGGCCGGCCGCCGCCGUGCGAAGCUACCCGGUCAUCCCGGUGCCCAGCAAGGGCUUCGGGAUGCUGCAGAAGCUGCCGCCGCCUCUCUUCCCGCCCCCCUACGGCUUCCCCGCCGCCGCCUUCGGGCUGUGCCCCAAAAAGCAGGACGAUUCCCUGGGAGGCGCCGGAGGAGGGGACCAGGUCAAAGCCGGUGCUUUGCCGCAGGGCAUGUUUUGGGGGCCGCCGCACCCCCACCCGCCCCAGCCUCAGCAGCAGCCGGGGGGCUCGGCUAAGGACAGCGGAGUCUACCCGUCCUUCCCCAUGUUCUGGCCGGCCUCCGGGAGCCUCCCGGUGCCGCCCUACCCGGCCCAGAGCCAGGCCAAGGCGGCCGCCACGGCGGUUGUUGUGGCCGCGGCCGCAGCCGCCGCAGCCGCCGCAGUAGAGCCUCUAGGCCUGCGGAGCCACGGCCACGUGGAGCUGGAAGGGUCGGAGCCGUCGGGCAGCGAGCGCAGCAGCGCCACCCCACAGGAAGGCUCGGGCUCCGGGGCCGCCGACGGCGAGCGCUGCUCCAGCGCCCUCUCCAGAGCUGCGGCCGUCGGGGAGGAGGAGCGCUCCGGGGACGAAGCCUUGCUGCCUCCGCUGCCCCUGCCCAGGAAAGGCAGCUACCUGUCGGCCUUCCGCCCCGUCGUGAAAGACGCGGAGAGCAUAGCCAAGCUCUACGGGACCCGCGAGGCCUACGGAGGCCCCACCGGCUGCCCGGGCUACCUCUCACCGGACUUCCUCAGCGAAGGUAGCUCCAGCUAUCGCUCCCUCUCUCCUGGCAACGACACAGUGGACGAGCCCGAGGUGGACGUCGAAUCCAACCGCUUUCCCGAGGACGAGGACGAGGAAGAGGUGCCCGUCGAGGAAGCCGAGGAAGCCUCUCCGCCCCAGCAGCUUCUCUUGACCGAGACCGAGGAGCCUCUUGCAGCCGUUGGCAGCGUCGGCGUCUUGGCGGCCUCGGAGAAGCCUGCGGAGAAGGCCCUGGAGCCCGAAGGGAGCCCCCCGGCCAGGAGCAACAGCAGGGGCGGCUAUGAGGUGUAUCCGCAAGACAGAGAGGAUCGGUCGCAAGCUCUCAAAGCCAGCACCCCUCUGGGCCCCCAGACAACCCCUUACCUCUGCACUCCGGAGAGGAAUGAACCAGAUAAAGAAGACAAUCAUUCGACAGCUGAGGAUUUGGAGAGCAAGAAAUCCUAUCAGAACCAAAGGAGCGUCUCUCAGCCCAGCCCAGCCCACACCGACCGAGGAGACGAGGUGGUCAGCAUUGACGUCACUGGGACUCAACUGGGGGAGAAAGAUAUUGGGAACCUCGCGAGAGAUGAGUUGCAAAAACUCCUCAUGGAGCAAAUGGAGCUGAGGAAAAAACUGGAAAGGGAAUUCCAAAGUCUGAAAGAUAACUUUCAAGACCAGAUGAAGAGGGAACUGGCCUACCGCGAAGAAAUGGUGCAGCAGCUGCAAAUUGUGCGGGAUACCCUGUGCAAUGAGCUGGACCAAGAAAGGAAAGCUCGCUACGCCAUUCAGCAGAAGCUAAAAGAGGCCCACGACGCGCUGCACCACUUCUCCUGCAAAAUGCUGACUCCCCGCCACUGCACCGGGAACUGUUCCUUCAAGCCUCCUUUGCUGCCCCAGUGAGCGACCCUCCCCACAUCCAGCGCCCUCCCUCCCCGCAAAAGUCUGGGGCCGAAGCCGUCGCUGCUAGAGAAGCGUGGAAGCGGGAUGGGUGGGGAGGGAAGGGGCGUGCGUGCCACACAAACUCACACUCAAGAAAUCCUGGACGGGGAGGACGCCCGCGAGACACUAAGCCAUGCCUGAAUCGAAAGAAGCAGAGCUGUGUAAAUAAGACAGGCGAGGGAAUCCGGAGUGACCUGCGCUCCAUUCCCCGCCCCCGCCGUGUAAAUAGAGGCUGCGUCGGAUUGUUCCGCCGAUGGCAUCGGGACCACAGGCAGACUGAAAAGACCUCGAAGAGGGUGGAGGGUAAGGAAGGCGGGAGAGGGGGCGGA